AAGCAGGUUAGGAUGCGCGCACAAGGAAAGGGACGUGACGCCGCUUUGAUGUUUGCAAACUUCGCCGAGAUCAGAUGAGCCGUUUUAAGCGCCUUCGCCUCUCAGCCGACGACUGCGACGCUCUGAGCCAGAGUCCGGAAGGCACCGUGGCCUUGACGCAGCCCUUCAGCCGGAGACAGAGCAGCCUAGAUUCCAACCGGGGUCUCUACCCUACUUUCCGGACUAAGAAGCAUCAAAGAGGAACGGGCCGCCAGAGGACCAUCACAGAUUACUUCAAGAGCAAAGCUCACCCCUCCUCAUUUGUGACCGACAGGCCCCAAAGCGACACAAUCAAAGCCGCGGAGUUCCCGGAGUCCCGUUCCCUCCUUGGCGGCGAAUGGGACAUUGUCCCAGGGGCUUCCGGAAAGCGGCCGUGUUUCUCUCAGAGUAGCAGUGGCCGCCACACGGACAGCGGCCGCCGCGACCCGUCUCCUCGAACGUUGUCAGGCGGGCUCUCCGAGCGGCCGCCGGACCAGGCCGGAAUCAAAGAGGAAGUCGACGACUGGGACUUCGAUCCGCUCCCUGACGCGUGUUUUGGGCUCCUGGGAACCGCGCCCUGGAUGGAGCCGCGGGGCCACAUCGACGAGCUGCCCGAUGAGGUCCUGAGAGGCCUCUUCGCCCUCUUGCCUGCCGCGGAUCUCUACCAAAGCCUCAGCUUGGUCUGCCACCGCUGGCGACGGAUCAUCUCCGAUCCACAGUUCAUCCCCUGGAAGAAACUGUACCUGCAGUAUCUGAAGGCCGAAAGUCAAGCCCUGCUGACGGUUGAGGCCAUUCGAUGCCGAUAUAGCCUAACCAGAGAGGAGGACCAGUGCAUGCUGGGACUGAUACGGUGCGUAGUGGCCAUGAAGAACCAGCAGCGCCGAAACUCCCAAGCCAUCUUGGAGUGCUUGAAGAGCCACCCCCUGUUUCGCGUGGCCGAAAUCUGCAUUGCGAAGCGACUGCCCGAUUUGGAAAGCCCGAACGAGGGGAUUCCAAACAUCUGGGCUGUGAUGGCGGCCAUCGUCCUCUUCUCCGGAUCCCUCGCCGACCUCCAGAAACUGGUGGCUUGCCUUCAGAGGCCGGGCUCUAACCUCUCGCUGGUGGACAUCACAGAAGCCUUAUAUUGCAUGGCCACCCUUCUCCACGCCAUGCGGGACGGCGGCGUCAACGUCAGCAACCGGAUUCACUACAACAUUAACUACUGCCUGUGUCAAAUGGAGAACUCAAGCUGCGGCCCGGCAGUUGUAAAACCAGAGACGCCCGGCUCCAGCUACGAAAGUGGCCACGGCUGCAGCGCCAGCUCGGACAUCCAGCCAACCCGCGAACAGCAGUUGAUCUUAAACCACGCGAUCGCGCCCGGGCAGGUUGUGAAAAUCAUGGCGUUUGCAGGCACGGGGAAGACCUCUACCUUGAUCAAGUACGCAGAGAAGUGGUCCAACCUCCGGUUCCUGUACCUCGCAUUCAACAAAAGCAUCGCGGAUCAGGGCAGGCGGGUGUUUCCCUGGAACGUGACGUGCAAGACGGUCCACUCCUUGGCCUUUGCAGAAGUCGGCAAGCUUUACAGCCAGAAGCACAAGCUGAACGGCGGCUCACUGAACUCUUAUUGGGUCAGCUUCGUCCUCCAGGAGCGCCAAGGGCAGUCUCGAUUCGUAAGGGCCAAGACGGUCAUCCAGACCCUGGCGGCGUUUUUCGCCUCCCGGGACUCGACCAUCACUUUCGAGCACACGCCCAUCUGGUGCAAGAACACCCACGGACAGAGAGUUCUUGUCCAGGAGGACGAGAAAAUUAUCAUUCUUGAGGAAGCCAACCGUAUUUGGGACAAUAUGAGAAGUCUGAGACCGACGAAGGAGAUGGCGCACAAGAUGACCCAUGACGGCUACUUGAAACUUUGGCAGAUCGGCAAGCCCCAGCUCUCCAGCUACGACGCCAUAUUUGUCGACGAAGCCCAAGACUGUACUCCUGCUGUUAUGGAUGUGGUUCUUUCCCAGUCCUGCGGGAUUCUCUUAGUCGGAGACCCCCACCAGCAGAUCUACAGCUUCCGGGGGGCCGUCAACGCUCUGGAUGAGGUGCCGCACACUCACCUCUUCUACCUGACACGGAGUUUCCGAUUUGGCCCUGAGAUCGCGUACGUCGGAGCUUCCAUUCUAGACAUCUGCAAGAAGGUUCGAAACAAGACCCUGGUGGGGGGCACUCAAGAGGGUGACGUCACCGGGGAAGAGCCAAGAGGGAAGUUAGCCAUCCUUUGCCGGAGCAACCAGAUGAUCUUUGAUUCUGCCGUGCACCUCACUAGAAAAGAUCCGCCGGCUCAAAUACACCUGAUCGGGGGUCUUGAAGCCUUCCGCCUGGAUCAGAUUCGGGAUAUCUGGUACCUCCUCCAUCCCAAACUGAAGUUCGAGGUGAAGGACCCUUUCGUGAGACGGUGGCUGGGGAAAGGCUACCUGGCUUUAAGGGACUACGCCAUGCGUGCAGAAGAUAAACAGCUGGAGAUCAAGAUCGCGAUUGUGGAGAAAUACUCUCCCUCCUUCCCUCUGCUGUUGGACAGGAUAUCGCAGUGCCACACGCCCACGCCUGAGGCCGCAGAGUUUGUCCUGGGGACCGUCCAUAAGGCCAAAGGGCUUGAGUUUGACACCGUCCAAGUGGCCAAUGACUUUGUGACCGUCCCUUUAGAGCGGCACAACCUCAGCAGGCUCCCAGCCUUCCAUGUUGACAGAAUCCCUGCCGAUGAAUGGAAUUUGCUCUACGUCGCGGUGACCCGUGCCAAGAGGCGUCUCGUCAUGCCGCAGUUUCUGUGUCACCUCUUGACGUUGGCUGGGGAGUAUUACUUAAGGCCAGAGCUGACCAGCGACAUCUUCAAGGGGGAGCCAGUUCCGUGCUCUGUCCGGGGGUGCCACAAUUCCAUUCCUGCCGACUCUUUCCUGACCAUGAAGAAGAGGCCGUUUGCUUACAGCGACGGCGCCAAAGACCCCGGGGGCUACCUCUGCCACAGCUGCGUGGAACGGCGCCUCGGCCCUCUGACAUGGCUGACGGUUUCUCCGGAAGUGGUGGAGACGCUGGAAUCCGCGGAGGAGGUCAUCGCCCUCCCGCAGAACUACCAAAACCUCUUGUUGCACCUGGCUUGAAUCUGGAAACGCUUCGCCAGGAUGCCCUGUUGUCGAAGGAGAGGGGGAGGAAAGUCCGCCGAUAAGAACGACUCUUCCGUAGCGGCGUCGACGUUGGAGCGCUCGCCUUCGGAGAACUUGGCGCCUUCCAUCCGGGCCCAGAGAACCGGAACGAAAGAGUGGCCUGGAGGGAGUGGACUGCGGUUACGUUUUCAGCACGGGAGGGAGCAAGGCCGUCUGCAGCACUCGGGGGUUUGGAACGUUUCUUUCGGCCUCUCCCCAUCCCCGGAAACUGUUGCUAGAGAUGCCGCUGAAUUCUGUUUGUACCUGACCCUACGUACUAUAUCAGAAAGCUCUGCCUUUUAUAACAUGGUGGGGGCUUGCCAGGGAAAAGCGAGUCAGGUUAGCGCAAACCACAGCUGAGGUGGCGCUCAGUUCCGGUUCGUGGGGAUUGGGACGGUGCGUGUGCUUGAGUGCGCAAUUCACAGUGAGAAGGAUUGCUGGUUCCUGCCAAGGAAGGCCUCUUCUGGUAACUUCCAUACCAACUAGAGAUGUAAAGAUCCGGGGGGAAACCGGAAAAAUUUG